AUGAACCACACAGAGCUGACUGAAUUCAUUCUGCUGGGAAUACCUGACACAAGGGGAGUGGAGUCUGGGCUCUUUGUCAUCUUCUUAUCCAUGUACCUUUUCAUUCUGCUUGGCAAUUUACUUAUACUUAUAGCGAUUGUUUCUUCCUCUGCUCUUUAUACCCCCAUGUAUUUCUUCUUGGGACUCCUCUCUAUUUUUGACAUGCUGUUCCCAUCUGUCACCUGCCCCAAGAUGCUGUUCUAUCUCUCUGGCCAGAGCCACGCCAUUUCUUAUCACGGAUGUGCUGCCCAGCUCUUCUUCUACCAUUUCCUGGGCUCCACGGAAGGGUGCCUCUACUCUGUGAUGGCUUAUGACCGCUUUGUUGCCAUCUGUCACCCACUGAGGUAUAAUCUCAUCAUGAGACCUGGGGUUUGUGUUGGUUUUGUCCUGGGAGUCUGGUGUGUGGGUUGUCUCCACGCCAGCAUCCUGACCUCCUUUACAUUUCGAUUAAACUACUGUGGCCCCAACCAGGUGGACUACUUCUUUUGUGACAUUCCUGCUGUCUUACCCCUGGCUUGUGAUGACAGCUCCCUGGCACAAACUGUAGGUUCCACUAAUAUUGGCUUUAUAGCCUUAAUGCUUUGGUUCACUGUUUGUGUCUCUUACACAUAUAUUGGGAUUGCCAUUUUGAGAAUUCGUUCAGUGGAAGGCAGGAAAAAAGCUUUCUCCACCUGCAGUGCCCACUUGGCUGCAAUCUUCUGUGCCCUUGGACCGGUAAUCAUCAUCUAUCUGCAGUCUACACCCAACCCCUUGCUGGAUGCUGUGGUACAAAUGUUAAAUAAUUAUGUGUCGCCUAUGCUGAACUCAUUAAUCUAUUCCUUAAGGAACAGGGAAGUAAAAAACUCCCUGAAAAGAGUGUUCCACAAAAUAGUACUUACUUCCCUGGAAUAG